UAUUACAAUCCACACAAAUUCGUGUGGUGUCUGCUGAUGUGAGAAAAGCAAAAACCAGAAAACUUUCCACUCGCAUUUUGUGUUUUCGCAGGAACUUUCUUCUUUUAUAAAUUUUAUUAUAAUUUUUUUCCAAAACAAAUGGCAGCAAACAAAAUGAUGAAGGUUGGGAAAAUACCAAAUCCUUCUAACAUAACCACCUUGUUUUUUGAUCUCGAUAAUACACUGAUCCCAACAAGGAAAGGUGAUUCAAAGGCCUGCAGAAAGCUUGGAGAGCAAUUGGAAAGUGCAUACAACUUUCUUCCUGGAGAAGCCUCACAGGUGACCGCAAAAUUCCUGCAGUCAUUUAGACGCUGUCCAGACAAUCCACAAACAUCAUUAGACUCAUGGCGUUCUUAUCUAUGGCGUGAUGCCCUCCCAGAUCGUUAUAAGCACUUUGCAGAACAGAUAUACGCACAAUGGCUUCACCUUCGUUAUCGUUAUCUAGCUAUUAUACCAGAAUAUGUAAACAUGCUAAAGCAAUUCCGAUCAUCCGGUUAUUUACUUGCACUUAUCACAAAUGGCCCCUCAAAUGCACAAUGGGAGAAAGUCAAGAAGCUAAAUGUGAGCCAGUAUUUUGAUUGUGUGCUAGUAUCAUCUGACUUACCAUGGGAGAAGCCUAAUCCGAAUAUUUUUCUGGCUGCCUGCAAUUAUCUUCACGUUAAACCAGCAGAAUGCGUUAUGAUUGGUGAUAAAAUUGAGACCGAUGUACAGGGAGGAAAAGCUGCAAAUUUAGGCGCUACCAUCUGGUUACCGCUAAAUCCAAACGCUAUCGAAGACCUAGACGCUGAGUUCGAAGGCAACGAACAAAUGCGCCCCGAUUUGGUUCUCCAAAAUCUAUGUGACAUGAUGCAGUUCUUCCCUAAAUGUAGAAAUGAAAUGGGUUCUUCUUCAAAUGGAGGCAGCUCAUCGAAGUUUCCACAUGCGGAUGGUUCGUCAUCGAGUCAUACAAUGAGGCGCAUCAAUAGCCAAGCUGGUGUGAGCUCGACCCGCAAAUAUCAGGCUUAUCGUCGGGGUGCAUCACUUCCCGACAUUGAUUGCAGUAGUGAAAACAGCUGUGACAGUAUCUUCAGCUGAAUCGUAUAUUAAGACGAAGGGAACGCUAAUUAAUUAACUAAGUAAAAAUGUUACUUAAUUUUGAGCUCAUCUAACUAAAUUAAGACACAGUUUUUAGACAAGCUGCACAAAAAUAAUAAUAAUCUUCCUUUUGUUAUAAGGAAAUCAUUCUACACACAUCCAAUUGAGCUUCCACCAACGUCAAAGAUCUGAGCUAAUUAUAUUAGGAAACUAUUGAAUUAAGUUUAAUUAACAUUAACAAAAAAAAAACAAAAACAUAAAAAAAAUGAUAUGAAUUUCAAAAAAUGCGCAUGAAUAUUUCUAAGAGUAAUGCACUUAUUUUUCUUAUGUGUUAACAAAAGCGUAGCGUAAUUUUUUAACAAAUUUUCUUUUUCAUAAAUUAAACCGUAAUGUGAAAGAAAAGUACAAAUAAUUUCCUCCGAAAUGUUGUUUAUAAAACUAAGAACAGGGACUUAAACAAAUUCAAUCUAGCUCGUUUGUUUCGAGUGUUUAAUUAGUAUUUUUGUACAUUUUUACGAGAAAAGGUUUGAUGAAGCGCAGAUUCAUUUUUAAGUAAGUUCUCUCAUAGUGUAAGAUUUUAAGUUCGUAUUUUUUUAAAAUAUUAUUAUUUUUCAUUGAUUUUUAUUUUGAUGUAGAAUGUAAACAAACACAUUAUGUAAAAUAUUAAAACAAAAGAGAAAAAAAAAAAACAAAAACUUUAGCUGUAUAAUAGUUAGGAACACAUGACCUGCGAAAAUGUACCUUGAAUCAAUAUUAGAAUAAAAGUACUGAAGAAUGCUUUUGAGAAUUUAAUUUUAAUGUACUUUUAUUAUUUUUACUUUGUUUAUUUUUUUUUUAUUUUGUAUGUGUUUUGAUGGAGCCAAAAAAUAAAGUUGUGUGAACAUGUUUUAAGGUUAAA